CAACAACAUAGCAAAAGAAGUAUCUUUAGUGGAGCUUGUUAGCAAGAUUACACUGCGUUCUGAUCUCACCCUUUUUCCCAGUAAGAGGGUUGUUCUCAGAAAGAAUAGUGAUAGCUCUUACAAAUUCCUUGAAGAAAUAAUCUUGGCUUUUUUUCCAUUUUAUUUACAUAGGGCUUAGUCCUCUUAUCAGUUACUAGUUUGUGGUCAACUAACAUUAAGCACUUGUUAUCUAAUAUGUUCCUGUAGUAGUUGUUGUCUAGAAUCAUGGGUGUCCCUCUGUUAUUUCUGAUAUACUGUAUGGCCUUUGGAUUUGGGAUUAGGUCUAGACACUCCUUAAGCAUAUGGGGUACAUGCGAUGGGUUCAACUAAGGGUCUACUUCUGGAUACAAAUGAUGUACCAACUUCACAUAGUGUGUUCUUCCCACACUGUGUGGCCCUGUUCAACAAGACCAAAUCACACAAAAUUAGCUUUUAUUUUCUACACACUAUAAAAUACCAAUAAAUAAAAUAAAUAGUCUGGAGAACUAAGUUCCAAAACAAGUUGUUUACACGGCUUGAAUUCAUGAUCUUUUAAUCACGUGAUGACUAAGAGAACCUAACGAGGCAACAACUCCAAGAGUGUUGAUUCCAAUUUUGGAAAGCCUCUCAAGAACAAUACUCAUGCUUUCAUUAUGAUCUGGGAGGUGUUGUUCAAGAAUUGUUUACUGUGUUUUUCUAUCCAUUUGAUUCAACUACUCCUGCACUUACAAAUCCAGCUCUUGAGAGGCACUAAUUGCCGCUCAAGAGAUAUCAUCUCAUAUAUGCAACACCAAAUUUUUUCAAGACAUCCUUUUCUUCCUCAAGGCUCUGCAUCUGAUCCUUUUGCAUGAGAUACUCGGGUAGGAUAAAAUCUAGCCGCAGGUAUAAGAAGCAUGUUAGUUUGGUCCAUCAACAAAGUUCAAAAAAUCCAGAAAUGUUUAAAAAGGAUAUGUAUAAUCAAGGGAAGGAAAAAAUGGUGAUGGCAGAAAUAUUUAAAAGAUUCCUACUGCUGCUUUUGUACAGUGAAUGAGAUUCUGCAAAAGAGGGGUAUUUUCCAUGUUGUUCUUUAAUCCAGACAGUGUUGAAUUGAUAUGAACUUAAUAGAUGAACUUUUACUAUAUCAUUGACCUGUAUAUGGGUAAAAUUUUGUAGAAAUUCUUAAAUGGGACCUCUUCCUACGGCCUUCAAAGAGACAGAUAGGAAGAAAAAGUCGGAUGAUACAAGAGAAGAGUGGGACGAACCACAUGCUAAGGAUGCAUAUGAGGGAUUUCAAGAAAGCAUUGAAGAUUGGCAUCAAACUCAACCUGCUUCAGAGGAUAGUACCAUGGUCCAACCAUCGCCUGCUGACAUGACUAGAAUAUGGAUAAUUGUGGUAGUUAGUGCUAAGAAGGGUAAAACCUAUGGAUUUGGAGUUAACCAAUCCUCGAGUAGUUCUUCCCCAAUGUUGCCCGACUCCACUUCUAUUUUGCAAAAUAUGGAAGAAAUAGAAGCGUUGAGAAAAAAAUUGAAGAGUUGACACCACACUAUGUAGUUAGUGAUGCCAAGUCUACUAAGUUUGAGGCGUUAGUCAAGAAGCAUAUGCGUCAAGUAUUUGAUGAUGGGGAAGAAAGUGAA